ACGAUGUGAUUGGCUGAUAUCGGAAGAACCUGUGUGCUCAUCGGUUCGCCUGACCUUACUCACCACUACAUUUUGAAGCAGAGCUACCACAAACCAUAUUAGUUUUAUUUCUACAUAUUUACAUUUUGGGAGCGACAAAAAGUCUGUGAUUGCUCAAUCGCAGCUCUAGCCGACCACCAAAACACUUUCGACCUCGCUUUUAAGGAAUGCAAAUAGCUACAAGUGUAAACGAGCCAAUUACUGUUUGAUAAACCGUUUACACACCUCUUCACCGUUUUUAUAAUGGCAUUUCGAUUCAACUGGCCCGAAUUCGAUGCAGAGUUCUAUGAAGAGGCACGUUCGCAGCUUGAGACUGCAUUAAACAAGGGCAACAAGCCAAAAAAUAUCGUAGACCACAUUACAGUCAAGGAACUCCAUAUGGGUACUUCGCCACCCGAAUUGGAAAUUCUCGAAGUUGGGGAACUUGCCACGGACAAGUUUCGCGGUAUCUUCAAGCUGACAUACGCAGGUGAUGCGUACAUUGUUCUUCAAACCAAAGUUCAGGCAAACCCGAUGCAUGCCAAACGAUCCGAGCUUCCUCGCCAUACACGACCGAGUAUUCUAGCUGCUGACCGCCCGUUGGUCGUGCCUAUGCUUUUACGGAUCAGCGAUUUGCAGCUACGAGGAAUCGUCGUUCUUGUCGUAUCCAAAACUAAGGGAAUUACACUCGUGUUCAAAAACGAUCCACUCGAAAGCAUCGUCGUAAGCUCGACAUUUGACAGCAUCACCAGUGUACGCAACUUUCUGCAACGAGAAAUCGAAAAACAGCUACGCAACUUGUUCCAGGAAGAUUUGCCCGUCAUGAUUCACAACCUCAGCCUACGGCAUUUACAGAGCGAGCAGGAAAAGCAAAAGAAGCAGCAACAAGAGGAGCGGCUCAAACUAGAAAGAUUAAAAAAGCUAGAAAAACGACGUUCAGCAUCUUCGUCAAUGUCUGUGUUCUCUGAUCCGGGUCGCUUAAACACACCUUUCAGUCGAACACCAACGAACGUUCCAGGUGGAGAUACCCUAUCGAUGCCAGAGCUGUUAACAAGACCUUCAUUCCUAGAUUCCAUGUCCCACUACUAUAGUCAACAAAGCAUGGCACCUGGGUCGCCACCUUCAGCACCAAUAUUUGGUUCAUUCAGCGACCUGUACAAUGCCGAGCACUUGGCAGCAUUUUUAGAAGCUCAGCAACAACAAUCGGAACCGGUCACUGUAGCCAAUUUAUCCACACUUAACGAAUUAUACAGCAAACGGUUUGCCGCCAUGCACGAUGACGACGAAUUAGCUACCCGAAUGUUUUCUGACGAUGAAUUAGAGGAGGAUGACGACGUAGUAUCUUCAGUCAAUGGUUCCUCAUCUGUUCAUUCAGCACCCAUAGCUGAUAUUUAUUCAGACGACGUUGAUGCGCCUUGGUAUGUCACUGAAGGCCCUGGUUUACCGUCGUCAACGCCAUCAGACCAGCCAGUGUUUAUGGCACUCGACCAGGAAAUCGUCGUCAACCCUGGCGAAAAUGCUCUAGCUGCCAAGCUUGCACAACUUGCUAGCAAUAACCAUACCCUUUCACCAUUCGCGUAUACUAUAGAUCACGCGACCUAUCGAAGCCUUCCACACACUGGCAAGAAAAUCGGGCCGAUAUCUCGCAAUAAGAAGAUACCAAAGCGACGCAUCAUUAGACUACAAAUGUCAAACAACAAUACUUCGACAUCUAAUACUACAACUACCUCUUCUUCCACCAUCUCGUCCCAACCUCCUUUUACUCCUCCUUCUAAUGCGUACAUUUAGUUUAUUUACUUAUUCUUUUAUACUUUAUCUUUUCGAACUGCAUGUUUUCUUUUCUCCUUGUACAAACCACUGUUUUUACCCGUAUACGCACACACAUACAUAUAUCUUUUUGUCCAUAUAAAUCAAG